AUAGGCGCCGCUUGACAUCCAAAAGAGCAGCGAAUGAUCCCAACCCAAAUUAUUGGUUUUUACCCAGCCCAAUAAAAAAAACCUAAAAACCAAUAGCCUUCUGUAACUCUAACGACGCCUAGAAACUCCUCUCUGCACCGCCACCGGCAUCCAGGUGAAGCUUUGAGGUAUCAAAGCAACGCAUCAAUGUCCAGCAAGAGGGUUUGGGCUCUGACCUUCAACUAUCUCACCGCUUUAUCUAGGGUACGUUCGGCACGACGUUUCCCUCGUUCUGUCACACAUUUCAAUAAGUUUCUCAGCACUGCUCCUGAAAGGUGGGAUUUUCGUAGCCCUAGUAGGACCUCUCAGUUUGAGAAUUCUCCUUAUGAUACCCCAACUUCACUAGUUUAUGAGCAGAAACAAAAUGGACAGGCCUUAAACCCAAACCAGGGUUUUGAGGUAUGCCCUACGGAUGAUAAUACGAGGAGUUCAGGUUGGGACAACCGUAAUAGCUAUUAUGGUGGUUUGCAGCCAACGGGAAAUCAGAUGGGUUCCGUGGGUCAAACUGGAAACUUCGGUUGGUAUCACCAUAGCAAUGAGGCAACUAAUGGGAACUUAGGGACAAAUCCGAAUGGAAUAUAUGAAAAUGGUUCUUGGAAGGGCGCUGAGCAAGGGUGUCAUCAGAAUCAUGAUGGAAUGCACUGGGAAAACAACAGAUAUGAACUGCAGAAUAACUCAGUUUACAGAAAAGGAAACUUUAGAGGAUGCGAGACUAAUGCUCAAAAUACUUCCAAUAUGCAGAAUCAAGUAGGUUCAUAUUGGGAAGGGCCUCCAGAGAUUAGACAGAAUCAAUUGGACCUUAAUUUACAAAGGUUUCCAGAAUCCCAAGGAAGCCAAAUGGAUUUGCAAUGCACAAAUUUCAGCCAGUACCGGGAGAAUCCACAAAAUAUUUAUAAUUUUAAUUCUUAUGGUCAAGUAACAAGUAACUUUAAUUUUUAUGGUCAAGCAUCUGCUACUUCUAAUCCCAAUGAAGGCUUAACUGAGGUUUCUGAAUCUAGCACUAAUAAUGCUACGGUAGAGAAGCUGGAGGAAUUUUGCAAUAAAGGAAAUGUUAAAGAAGCUGUAGAAGUUUUGGUGUUGAUGAAACAGCAAGGUAUUCCUGUGGAUUUAGCCCAAAUUUUGCAGUUAAUGAAGGCAUGUGGGGAAGUGAAAGCUUUACAAGAAGCGAAAACUUUUCAUGAACACCUCAUAGGAUCAUUUUCACCUCUCAAAAUAAGCAUCUAUAACAGGAUUUUAGAGAUGUACUUAAAGUGUGGUUCUACAGAUGAUGCAUUUGAUGUGUUUGAAAAGAUGCCUAGGCGCAAUCUGACAUCUUGGGAUACUAUGAUAACAGGGCUUGCUAGGAAUGGGCUAGGGGAGGAUGCCCUUGAUCUGUUCUCUCAGUUUAAGCAGGCAGGCUUGAAACCAGAUGCCAAAAUGUUCCUUGGAGUGUUUUACUCUUGUGGUGUUGUUGGUGAUAUUAAUGAAGGAAUGCUUCACUUUUUGUCGAUGAGCAGUGAUUAUGGUAUUAUCCCAUCCAUGGAGCAUUAUGUGGGUGUUGUUGACAUGCUGGGGAGUACAGGGCAUUUGGAUGAAGCAUUGGAAUUCAUCGAAAAUAUGCCAUCUGAAGCCAGUGUUGAUGUCUGGGAAACUUUAAUGAAUCUCUGCAGAAUUCAUGGGCACUUGGAACUUGGGGAUCUUUGUGCUGAGCUGGUGAAUCAGCUAGAUGCCUCUCGUUUGAAUGACCAAUCUAAAGCAGGUCUCAUUCCUUUGAAAGAUUCAGACCUUAAAAAGAAUGAGAAGAAGAAAUUGGCAAGUCAAAGUCCUCUUGAAGUCAGUAGCAGGGUCAACGAGUAUCGGGCAGGAGAUACAUCACAUCCUGAGAAUGAUAGAAUCUAUGCUCUGCUUAGACGUUUGAAAGAACACAUGAAAGAAGCUGGUUAUGUUCCCGAAACAAGAUUUUGUUUGCACGAUAUAGAUCAGGAAAGUAAGGAAGAAGCUCUUCUUGCUCAUAGUGAGAGACUUGCUCUUGCUAAUGGUCUCCUCACCAGUCCAGCUCGUGGACAGAUUCGUAUUAUCAAGAACCUUCGUGUUUGUGGUGAUUGUCAUGCUGCAUUUAAGAUCAUGUCAAAGAUUGUUGGCAGAGAGAUCAUAAUGCGAGAUGCUAAGAGGUUUCAUCAUUUCAAUGAAGGGUUGUGUUCUUGUCGAGAUUUUUGGUGACAAAAUAGAACUUGAGAACAUCCGAGUACCUGGGAAUCAAAUAUGGAACCAGCCAAAUUUACUUUUCUGGCCUGUGUCUCCCCAGAGAGGGAAAGCUGCUAUCGGUUAACCUGCUUCUUCCACAAACGAGAUGUGAAAGCUUCAAUUACUUCUGAACAUGGGUGUUAGGAAAGGCAGUACGAAAUUUAUUGGAAGGGCUGUUUGGUUGAUGAUGAAUGUUCUUUUAUGCUAGAGACCAAUUUUAGUGCAUUCGUCCGGGGUAACCUGACUGAAAAAGCUUAACUUAGCUGCGUAGCAACCAAACCACCAGCGAAUGAACAUGAUGGUCAAUUCCUUGGGGAGCUGUAUUUAAUGAACAUAGUUCCUCUUCCUCUCCCAUUUGACUUCCUAAACUGCUAACCAAUAGUCAUCUGAAUAUACAAUAUUUAUUCGGAGUGACUGAUAUUUUUGAUAGCUCAGAUAAUAAGAUUAUCUCCGAUAUAUUUUAUCGAUUGAAGAAAAUACAAGUGUUUUGAACAUGGCGAUGAUAUUUCUCAACAAACUUGUAGUAGUAUUUGUUAUUAUUGUUUAGUGCAUGUGAGAUUAAGCAGUAGUAUUUGUUAACAAACAGUGAUCUGGGUUUCACAAGUAGCAGCUGCUGUUACUUGUGCCGACCAGUGGUUAAAAAGAAGGGCAUGAAAACUUGAAUGUUGAUUUAA